AGGAAAGAAAGUCAAUGAAGGGAUACCGAUUUCUUCAAGAACACACAAGCUAACCCUUCAACUUCUGCUGUAUACGCCCAAACGCCAACGAAAAGGCACAAACUUUUCUUCUUCUUCUUCACCUUCUUGUUUCUGUAAUAUCAUCCAAAAAUGGGCAUUUCAUUUAGCAAUAGUCGAAGAAGAAACAACACUUAUUACCAUCAUCGCCCUCCCCCUCCCCCUCCGCCUUACUAUUACCCCUCAGAACCCCUUUCCCUCCCUCCUCCUCCGCCCCCACCUCCUCCGCCGCCACCUCAGAGUUACUUCGCUACGGGAACAACAUCGACGACCCAACAGCCAUCGUACCCUCCACCAAAUAAUCCUUAUUAUGCAAACGCACCUCCUCCCCCAUUGCACUCCUACUACAGUUCUCAUCCUUACAAUUCAUGCAGUUAUUCAAACAGAUUUAGCUAUCAACCUUAUUAUUAUGCUAAUCAGGCUAAUGGAUGGUCUGCGAAUAGGCCUAAUGUGAGUACUGGGCAGCCAAUUCAGCCAGUUCCUUACAUUGAGCAUCUGAAAGCAGAGAAGGUCAGGAAUGACGUGAACGUGCAUAAGGAUACAUUGAAGGUUGAAAUUGACGAGCAGAACCCUGAUAAUCACUUGGUUUCUUUUGUUUUUGAUGCUCUGUUUGAUGGGAGCAUUACAAUUUUCUACUUUGCCAAGGAAGAGGCCAAUUGUAGGUUUGUUCCUAUAUUUCCUGAAGCCCAUUUGCCUGUGAGAGUCCCCUUCCAGAAAGGUCUUGGCCAGAAAUUUUGUCAGCCAUCAGGAACGGGCAUUGACUUAGGUUUCUUUGAGUUGGAUGAUCUCUCAAAACCAUCACCAGGGGAAGAUGUUUUUCCACUUGUAAUAGUUGCCGAAACAUGUUUGCCAGUUGAUUCAAGUGAUGAAAAUCUUGAUGAUUCUGUGCCCAUCGCAUCUGGCCGUAUGCAGAUUACUCAAGCUAUUCUUGAGAAGAAAAACAGUGAUCCUUUCCAAGUGAGAGUAGUAAGGCAAAUUUUGUGGAUUGAUGGAGUUCGAUAUGAGCUGAGGGAGCUAUAUGGAAUAGGAAGCUCAGCAGCUGAAGACUUCAACGACUCUGACCCUGGGAAGGAAUGUGUGAUUUGCAUGACUGAGCCCAAGGAUACAGCUGUUUUACCUUGUCGGCAUAUGUGUAUGUGCAGUGAGUGUGCAAAAGAAUUGAGGCUUCAAUCAAACAAGUGCCCCAUAUGUCGACAACCAAUGGAAGAACUUAUCAAGAUCAAAAUAAACAAUGGUGAUCAAUAAGAAAUUAUUUGCUUCACUCCAAUUUGGAUUAAUGUGUACCAUAGGGAUGAGAAGGAUGAUUGAUUAUAAAGGCACAUUCGGUGGAAAUAUCUGUGAAGGAAUUCAAAGAAUUGAUAGCUGCACCAAAAUGGCAUGUAGAAGAAGUACCUAUAGAAAGCCUUAUGAAGAAGAUCCCAAAAGUUGAAAAGGAAAAAUAAUGAGGUAGACCCUAGACUUUAGCCAAUCUUUAUCAAUUUCUGCAACUGUAUAGUUUGGAAGCAUUUUGGGUUUGGAAGCAAUUUGAUAUAUUCAUUGCAUUUUUUAUGAUUCUAUGGUGAAGAGUAGUGGAGAAGAGUAGAGUGUCAUGGAUGGCAAGAAGGAGAACACAAGAUGUAGACAAAUAUGAAUUGGGUUUCCUUACUAGUCAAAACUUCACAGCAUCUAUACCUCUAUUAUUACUUUCUCCAUGCAAACUAAAAAUCCAGAGCUAUGAGAGUAGGAACCAUGUGAUGAUCCCAAAAUAAAUGGGAUCAAACUGUGUUUAUUUCUCUUAUCCAUUAAUCACCUAUCUACAGACCAUGUGGAUGCUCAUGUGA